AUGGUCUACUCAAUUGAGGGUCAACUGUCUCGAGAUGUGUUUGUAAAUACAAACGAAGAACUUAUGUUUACCAGUGGUAGCUUAGUCGUGUUGCUGAAUAUACAACGCCAAAGCCAGAGAUUUUACACCGGCCACAACGAAUCUAUAACAUGUUUAACUUUGCAUAAUUCCAAUUUGUUUGCGGCUUCUGGCCAGCAAAGUGGCGAUGACGUCAUGAAUGACGUUGCAUCACAUGACGCUCAUGUUCGAGUAUGGAGUGUGGAUAAUUUAGCUGUGACGUCACAAUUUGGUCAUGGUCUACUGCGGGGAACUGUGAAAAAAGUCGAAUUUUCCAAAACGAACGAAUGGUUAGCGACAGUCGAUCUGGAGCAUCUAACGUUAUGGCAUUGGAGGAAUGAGACGGCUUUAUCAAGGCAUAGGUUGGGAAAUGGUGACGUAAGCGUUACGUCAUUUAUAGAUGAAGACACGUGGUUGGUAACAGCUGGAAAAAAUUAUUUUCAUUUUUGGCAAGUUCACGACAACGGAAACUUGCGGAAGAGCCUCAAAAGUGGAAUUUUCGACGGGGAUUCCCCAGACAUGGUCACGUGCUUACAGGUGUCCUUCAAUGGUGACGUUAUAACGGGGGAUUCUAACGGUGAUGUCACUUUUUGGAGGAAAGCGUAUGAUGGAGUUUUCUCAAUGAAAAGGCAGAUUCAUGCUGAUGCUGGAAUACGCUGUAUGUGGAAUCUUGCAGACGGGAGCUUGGUAAGCGCGCAUGAGGACGGUUACGUUUGUAGCUGGGAUCUUCUUAGUGAAAACUCAUUCUCAAAAGGCAAAAGAAAAAUAGGGAGUUCAAAAUUUGACGUCAUAAUGACGUCAUCGCGACGUGGUGAUGACGUGCUGCUGUGUUUGAGUGAAAACUGCAACCUGAUGCAAGGCACGUUACAAAGUGCAUGGUCAACUACGCAAUUGGGUCACAGAUCCAGAGUAAACGGAGUUGUAAUGCUUUCUUCAUAUACCCAAGUAUGCAGUUGUGAUUCAACAGGAAUGGUCGCAUGUUGGGACCUCAAGCGCAAAGAAAAAGUAUGGUGUACAACCCUUGAGUCAGAGACAUUAUGCCUUGACGUACAUUUUGAUUUCGAGAUUGUACUAUUGGGUUGUAAGUCUUCAUCCUUCAUCGUUUUAUCAUCUCAAAGUGGGGAACGUGUCUGCAGUCGAAGUUUACCAGCUCCUGCAACAUGCGUAAAGUUCGAUGACCCAAAUAAAACGGGAUCGCCUUACGUUGCCAUAGCAACUGAUGAUCGAAAGAUUCAAAUAUUCUUGGUACUUGAUCUCGGUCGUGCUUAUGUUCUCCAGUCGUCUGUACCUUUCCAUAGCGGUACAAUAGUACAGAUGGAUUGGUCCAAUGACAUCAAAUUCCUUCGCGUACAAUCUAAGGAUCAUGACGUCAUGAUUUAUGACGUCACGAAGAAAAACAAAGUGACAGGUCAACUGCUUUUGGGCUCGUGGAGAACAAACGACUGCUCUGAUGACGUUGGUAUUACGUGUCAAUCAAACUUUGGUGACGUCAGUGCACGCUGCGCAAUCGGGGGCAUUGUAAAACUAUUUCGAAAAAAGGAGUUGCUAAAGCAGUUUAAAUGCUCAAGCAGUGACAUAACAUCGGUUUGUAUGACGUCACAAUACGUCAUUUUAGGUGGCGGUUCACAAGAAAUACCGUUACUACAUCUGUGGGAGUUGGAAUAAAUAUAAGAACACAGAAAUAAAAACAAUGCUAUGUUGGGAUCAUAAUAUAACACAGAUACAAUGUGUAUGGCUGCAUAUAUGUAUAUGUGGUUUUGUGGGGUAAGAUGGGACACCUUUAUUACAUUGAUCAGAAUAUCUUAAUCGUGUUUUAAACAAUUAACAACGGUC